CAUUCAACGAAGCACAUAAAUUGCGUAAUUUUUUCUGCUGUGUUACUUCUAAAGGCAACAUCCAUAUUUUUCAUGCUGCAUUUCUUUUAAAGACAGCAGCUGCUUUAAUAAGCAAAGUAUUGGCGCUUCCACUUUAUAAAGUACAGAAACAUCAUGUUAGUCUUUCCGGUGGCCACCGUUUUCUUGUCAUUUCUGACUGUUUCCCAGAUCAAUGCAGCAUCCUACACUGCAGCGCGAAACCUGGAGAAUUACUGCGACCGAACCCUGAGCAUAAGCUGCCCGUCCAUUUAUGGAGAAGCUGGAACACUCAGAUUUCAUUACAUGCCUAGCACGUCAUGCAAAGUGACAGUUACACUCAGCAGCAGUUCUUGUGGAUCGUCUUAUGAAUACUUCGGCAUCUACCUUAAUAUACGAAAAUCCUACAUGCCAACAAGCUCGACCAUGCAAAUUUACGACACAUCCAGCAGUCGUACGCUGGGAAAGUCGUGGAACGGCGGGAAUCAGCCACAGUACAGCAAUCCCACCUCCGCUGGUCAGUAUCUCUCCAGAUCCACCAGGCGUCCAGAAAUUUCCAUUGAAUUCACACCAUCCCGCUCCUAUCCUCCCACAUCUAGCCAUGAGGUUUAUUUCGAUUAUGUUAUUGUUUCAGACACCACCUCAUCGUACAACACGUACUGUCGCGCGUUAAGCGGGUAUAUCAGCGACAACCUUAUUUGCGACACAUCGGAUGACCGUGUCAACUGUCCUUCGUCGUACUCUGCCUCGGUGUAUACCAUGGAAGCGGCAACAUCCCGCCAAAGUUGCUCGACAACGACAACAAGAAGAACGACAAGAAGAGCAGCAACAACGACAGCGAAUUACGAUUAUCUCGUGCCCACUCAUGGCGGGCUAAGCGGCGGUGCCAUUGCCGGCAUAGUUAUCGGAUGUGUGGCAUUUGUGGCCAUUAUCAUUGGGAUCAUUGUCGCUUGCGCCUAUCGUGGACCGCAGGUGACGGUGCAGAAUGCGGCUUUCACCCAUAACGCCCACUCAGCUGCACCAGCGGUGGUCUUUACGCAACAAAGCGGACCGCCACCGUAUCCUUAUCCUGCCCAGGUUUACGCCCCGGGACCGUAUCCACCGGGAACUAUGCCACAAACAGCAACGUUCACAACGACCACCACGACGACUAAUUGAGAAUUUUUUUGAUGAUCACAGUCAUAAAAUCGCAGCUGAUACCACCCGACGAGCAAUCUUCCUCAUGACAUUGCAUUAUCCUUGGAACACUGCGGCAAAAUCUCUGCAAUGGUAGUUGCAAAUUGUUUUGGCUUACAAUAUGUUUUUCAUCCGCUUGGCACUGUUUUGUAUUAAGAUAAAAACGUGUAACAAGGAAAAUGCUGCUUUGA